AGUGGCAUUAUGGUCUUGUGAUGCAGCUGUAUUGCUUGGAAGAGAGAAACAACUGAGGAAGACAAGAGAUCAGAAACCAAGUGAACUGAAGUGAAGACUGCAUCAGCCACCAUUAGAGGACAUGGACUCCAUCAGCAGUAGAAACCAGGGGUUUUGGGGAGGACGUAAAAUGAUCAUCCUGUUUGCAGGUGGUUUCUGUGGCAUAGCUCCAAAAACAGGAUCUCUUCUAGCAGGUGUCUACAUGAUUCUGAUGACCAAUAUGUACCUCAUCUUCGAAGCAGGUCACCUAAAUCGCUCCUUAGUUCAGUUACAGGUAUACCAGGCCGAACAUUACUCAGGUGGCCUAAUGUGGGUCAUUCCAUAUUGCUAUUAUUUAGCAAUCGCCCUGGCCCUUGUAACUUAUCCUGUAUGUAUUUACUUCUUCUAUUCCAUCCACAAGCGACACACUGUAGGAAUGUUUGUCUACAUUGCUUGGAUAAUCUUCUAUGAUCUAGCCAAUGUUGUCCUCCUAAUCCUGACUAGCAAUGCUGCAAAGACCGCUAUGUUUUCAUUAAGUGUUUUGGAAUGGUUUGGGUUGGCCACUAGGAUCCCCACAGACUGUUUUUGGCUCUGCUUUAUCAUAACAUAUGUUCUGAUGAUUUUUGAAGGUAGAAGCACAGGGAGGAUGUCACUGAAGUCAAGGCGGAUAUCAAGACAUGUGGCAGAGCCUCCUAGGUUUAGGUUGGGUAUCAAUACUCGGAGAGUUCAAUGA